GUCAGAGUAUUGGAUAUCACAACAAAAACAUUGGUGUUAAUAUUGUAGAAUUUAUAUUGCAGACAAUAAACCCAGUCGAACAAUGCAUGAGCAAGGCCGCAAUGAAGCAAUAUAGAAGAGAUAUAGCAUUUGAAACUCCUGUAACGCCAAUAAGUGAGUCAACAGUGGAAGAUAGAGGAGAUGGUACUGAACCUAUUAUAGAAGAAUGGAGACCGGUAACUCCACCACCAUUACCAAUUACUCAUAAUGAUUCAUCUAUUAAGAAAGAGUUUAAAGAUGAUCCCACAUUAGAUUCAAAAACACAGCACGCAUCAACUACUCAGAUUGAUGAAGAUGAAGAAGAUCCUGAUGAUUUAAGAAAUUUUAAAAUUGUUGAAAAAUCUUUUCUAAUUGAUAAUUAUGAAGAAUUAGAUCAAGAA